CCAGAAAGGGCUAGGGCCUGGUUGUCGCUGGGGGAACAGGCAGGGUGGCUGUGAAAGGCUAGAGCCAAGCUUGUUCCAGAAGGGGCGGCAGAGUGAGGGGCGAAGCCACGCAGCCGGGGUAGGGGUGUUUAGCAACAUUUGUCCCUAGCCGGGGAGCAGUGCAACUCCCGCCGGGGAUCUGCCUUUCUUCUCCUCCUUGGCGGUGCCCGGCCUCCCGCGCCAGGAAGGGGAGGCGGAAGAAAGGGGAAGAAGCUCCAGGCAGGCUGGGGGAGGGAGGAGCAGUCUCGGGGGGAGGCGGCAGACGCACAAGAUGGCCCCUGCUGCAGAGGCAGCAGUAGCAGCUGGUCGUGGGGAGGAGGGAACGGCGGCCAGGUGGCCUCUGCUGCCGGUGCUGGAGGCGGUGGGUGCUGCGGCCAGCCCCGUGUCCCGGAGCUGAGAAAAGCUGCGCUGGGAGCCCAGCCGUGCGGUUAUGUUUCACACUCUGUGCUGGCUGUCUGUACUUACAGAAGAUAUUUAAAAACAAACAUUUUUGUGAAAGAUUUUGAUUCCAGUGGAAUCUGUGCUUUAGAUUUUGUCUUGUGAAUUAACUUCUGAAACAAUGCCUGUACAAGCUCCACAAUGGACGGAUUUUCUCUCCUGCCCAAUUUGCACACAAACUUUUGACGAAACGAUCCGGAAGCCCAUCAGCUUGGGCUGCGGCCACACUGUCUGCAAGAUGUGCCUCAACAAGCUCCACCGUAAGGCAUGCCCCUUCGACCAGACCACUAUCAAUACAGAUAUUGAUCUCCUCCCUGUGAACUCAGCCUUGUUGCAGCUAGUGGGGGCUCAGGUUCCUGAGCAGCAGCCAAUUACUUUGUGCAGUGGAGCAGAAGAUACCAAACAUUAUGAGGAGGCCAAGAAAUGUGUGGAAGAACUAGCAUUGUACCUCAAACCACUCAGCAGUGCGAGAGGUGUGGGUCUGAACAGUACCACUCAGAGUGUGCUAAGUCGCCCCAUGCAGAGGAAGCUUGUAACUCUAGUUCACUGCCAGCUAGUAGAGGAAGAAGGACGAAUCAGGGCCAUGCGUGCAGCACGGUCACUGGGUGAAAGAACAGUCACAGAGCUCAUUCUUCAACAUCAAAAUCCCCAGCAACUCUCUUCCAACCUUUGGGCUGCAGUGAGGGCCAGGGGCUGCCAGUUCCUGGGGCCAGCAAUGCAAGAGGAAGCACUGAAGCUGGUUCUGCUGGCUCUGGAAGAUGGAUCUGCUUUGUCACGAAAGGUCUUGGUUCUCUUUGUGGUGCAGAGAUUGGAGCCACGAUUUCCUCAAGCUUCUAAAACCAGCAUUGGGCAUGUUGUCCAGCUUCUUUACAGAGCCUCCUGCUUCAAGGUGACUAAACGUGAUGAGGACUCCUCCCUGAUGCAGUUGAAGGAGGAGUUCCGUACCUAUGAAGCUCUGCGAAGGGAACAUGAUUCCCAGAUUGUGCAGAUUGCCAUGGAAGCAGGUUUACGCAUUGCACCGGAUCAGUGGUCCUCGCUGCUGUAUGGUGAUCAGUCCCACAAAUCCCACAUGCAAUCCAUCAUUGACAAGUUGCAGACCCCAGCCUCAUUUGCACAGAGUGUUCAAGAACUAACCAUUGCUCUCCAGAGGACUGGAGACCCAGCCAACCUGAACCGGCUUCGACCUCACCUAGAGCUCUUGGCAAAUAUUGACCCUAGUCCAGAUGCCCCACCCCCAACAUGGGAACAACUAGAAAAUGGAUUAGUUGCUGUGAGGACAGUGGUACAUGGACUAGUUGAUUAUAUCCAGAAUCACAGCAAGAAAGGAACAGAUCAGCAGCAGCCUCCUCAGCACAGCAAGUAUAAGACAUACAUGUGCCGAGACAUGAAGCAGAGAGGAGGGUGUCCUCGUGGAGCCAGCUGCACCUUUGCACACUCACAGGAGGAAUUAGAAAAAUUUCGUAAAAUGAACAAACGUCUGGUUCCCAGAAGACCCCUGAGUGCCUCCUUGGGCCAGCUAAAUGAGGUGGGCCUGCCUUCAGCAGCUAUCCUCUCGGAUGAAGGGGCAGUGGACUUGCCCAGUAGAAAAUCCUCUGCCUUGUCGAAUGGGAUUGUGUCUACGGUCAGCACAGGGACGCAGCUUAUCUCCCGAGGGACCGACUCCGGCUUUGAUUCUGCUCUGAAGCCAGGGAAGAUCGACCACCUUAGCAGCAGUGCCCCUGGAUCCCCUCCUGACUUGCUGGAGUCUGUCCCCAAGAGCUCUAUUUCUGCCUUACCAGUGAACCCCCACCCUGUGCCCCCGAGAGGACCUACAGACCUGCUCACAACGUCCAAGCAACUCCAAAUUGUACCACGAGGGUCACAGUUGUAUCCUGCUCAACAAGGAAAUGUGUUUUAUCAGGAACCUAGAGGAUCUGCUGCACCGUUUGAGCCAUCACCUUAUCCACAAGGUGUGUACUAUCCUACUCCAUCCUCACAGUGCAUGUCUCGUUUUGUCCGACCUCCACCAUCUGCUCCUGAACCUGGUGGUCCUUACUUAGACCAUUACCCACCCUACCUUCAGGAUCGUCUGGUGAAUUCGCAGUACAGCACACAGCCACAGCAGUAUCCUCCCAUGGGACAACCUAUGUACCCACAUUAUGAGAGCCGGCGUGUGUACCCCUCUGCCCAACCAUACCAGCGAGAAGAGAUUGUCCGAGGAAGCCCCGUGCCCAUUGACAUUCCACGUGGAGCUGCACCUCCCUACGUACCUGAAUCCAGAGACAGAUACCAGCAAGUGGAGGGUUAUUAUCCCGUGGGUCCACAUCUCAAUCCGAUCAGACCAUACCACAGAGAGACUUAUAACCCACUUCCGCCUCCAUCUCAAACCCAUCCCAGCCUGGAUGAGCUUCAUCGCCGAAGGAAGGAAAUCAUGGCCCAGUUAGAAGAAAGGAAGGUGAUCUCCCCACCUCCUUUUGCACCGUCACCCACUUUGACUCACCCGUUCCACCCAGAGGAGUACUCGGAUGAAGACCUGAAAGUAGCUGGGAAAUACAAAGGAAAUGAUUAUAGCCAGUACUCUCCUUGGUCGUGUGACACCAUUGGCUCCUACAUUGGAACCAAAGAUGCAAAACCCAAAGAUGUUGUGGCAGCAGGGAGUGUAGAGAUGGCGAACAUAGAUAGUAAAGGCAUGCGUGACCAGCGGUUGGACUUACAGAGAAGGGCAGCAGAAGCUGGGGAUGAUGACCUCAUCCCAUUUGGAGACCGGCCAACUGUGUCAAGGUUUGGGGCCAUCUCGCGUACUUCCAAAACAAUGUACCAGAGUUCUGGCCCCAUGCAGGCCAUGGCGGUACAGGGAGCUUCCACCAAAUCUAUCAACAUUUCAGAUUACAGUCCAUAUGGAACUCAUGGCGGCUGGGGAGCUUCUGCAUAUUCACCCCACCAAAACAUACCUUCUCAGGGACGUUUCAGUGACAGUCCCUUUCCUGCCCCUCGAAGGGAGAGAUUGUCCAUGUCAGAUGUGGCCAGUCACGGGAAACCCUUGCCGUCAGCUGAGAGGGAGCAGCAGCUCAGGCUGGAACUGCAGCAACUAAAUCAUCAGAUCAGCCAGCAGACACAAUUACGAGGACUGGAGGCUGUUAAUAACAGGCUGCUGUUGCAGAGGGAGGCGACCACCCUGGCAGGCCAGCCACAGCCACCACCUCAUAAAUGGCCUGCAAUGAUCUCAAGUGAACAGCUGAGUAUGGAACUGCACCAGGUGGAAAGGGAAAUCGGGAAGAGAACCCGUGAGCUGAGCAUGGAGACCCAAUCUUCACUGGACAUGAAAAGCAACUUGGGCACCAAUAAACAGACAGAAAAUGGACAACUGGAACCACAAAGCAAGGUUCCAGCUGAGGACCUCACACUGACGUUCAGUGAUGUUCCAAAUGGAUCAGUCUUGACGCAAGAGAACAUCAGCCCCCUGUCAAACAAGACCACAUCUCUGAACCUGUCAGAGGACCCAGAGGGGGGAGGAGACCACCAGGACUCCCAGAGAACAGGAGUUGCACCCGCCUCUUCUCCAUGAAGUGAGGAAAGCAUCCCUCCCAGAGUUUCUUUUGGGGAGGAGAAGUUGGUAGCUUCCAUCAUGCUUCCCUCUAAAGGUGGUCAGAGAAACGCAGAAGCAGCAGCACAGGAGGUCCGGAGGCAAUGUGCACAAACACCACUACUAGAAACAAACCCUGCACAUAGUUCACAUUAAUGCGUUUUUUAAUUAAAAAAAAAAAUUAGCAGUAUCUGCAAGCAAUUCAGAUUAAAUUUGUUUUUGUUCUGUGAAUGAAC